AUGCUAGAGCAAGUGUUCUUCCCAGCCCUCGCACACAUAGUUGAUUCUCUACAUCCCCACUCACGAAGCACUACCCCACUCCAAACUUCUCGACAGUAUUGCAUUUUCAUCAUCUCCCACGAACCCAUCUCGCACAAUGGCAGCACCAGAGAUUACGUCCAGAAGCUUCAGCAUUACUGCGCUACGAACCAGAUCGCUCAACCUCAGUUCCAGGAUUACUCCGACCCACGAGGUAUCCGGACAGCCUGGUCAAGCAGUGUCUUCAUUAACGGCCGCGAAUACCGAGCCCACCUCUGGCGAGACUACCGCUACCUCGAACAGUCCCGAGAAGAAGCCGCCGAAGUCGCUUGGAAGGCACUUAGUUCCGCUCCCCCUCCUCCUACGAACACAGCGCAGCGAACGCAAUACACCGGCACCUACACCACUUCUAGAUAA